AAUCGGAGGUAAAGAUGGCGGAAGAUGAGCCCAAGGCGACUUGCACCUUUUUGUUCAAAAAAUCAAACAAGAAGUUCUCUGCUCGGAAAAGAAAAGCCAGCGGCAGUGACAAAGGUAGCAACAGUGAUGAAGACAGCAGCGCGGUUAUCAGAAGGGAAAAAAAGACCAGCAGUUCAAAUCCAAUGAUUCAGAAGACAAAGAGGGUAGAGCGAGAAAAGGUGUCCUCCAGUGAAAGUGAUGACGACAAACCGGAAAACAUUACAGUGUCUUACAAAUCUACCCGAUCAGCAAAACCAGAAGGUCCUGAAGACAUGGGUGCGACAGCGGUGUACGCGCUGGAUACAGAGAGGGACAAAGACGCACAGGCGAUUUUCGAACGGAGCCAGAAAAUCCAGGAGGAACUUGUAGGACAGGAAGACGAUAAGAUUUACCGUGGCAUGAAUAACUACCAAAAGUUCAUCAAACCUAAAGAUUCCACCAUGGGCAAUGCGUCUUCUGGUAUGGUCAGGAAGGGCCCCAUACGGGCCCCAGAGCACUUGAGGGCUACAGUGCGCUGGGAUUAUCAGCCCGACAUCUGCAAAGACUACAAGGAGACGGGCUUUUGUGGUUUCGGGGACAGCUGCAAGUUCCUGCACGACCGUUCUGAUUACAAACACGGCUGGCAGAUCGAGAGAGAGCUGGAUGAGGGGCGGUACGGGGCCAACGAUGAGGAAAACUACGAGGUGAGCAGUGAUGAGGAGGACCUGCCCUUCAAGUGCUUCAUCUGUAGGAAGUCCUUCAAGAACCCCAUCAUCACCAAGUGCCGGCACUACUUCUGCGAAGCUUGUGCUCUUCAGCAUUACCGCAAGUCCAAGCGCUGCUACGUUUGCAAUGCGCAAACCAACGGGGUCUUCAACCCAGCCAAAGAGCUGAUGGCCAAGAUCCAGAAACAUCAGGCCCAGACAGACCAGCCACCCUCCGAUGAAGAAGACUAGCAAACCCCCUUUUUUAUUUUUAUUAAAGCACAGUAAACAAUAUUUUUAAUUUAGUUUCCUUUUUUGAUUGUGGUGUAGUGUCAAGUCCUUUGGAAUAAAUGGAUGUUUUGGUAGACUGUUUAGUCUCAUUACUACACUGGUACAGGAGAAUCCAUUUCACCAAGGUCUGUGAGUUAAAUUGAUUUUAAUCAUUGGGUACAACGACCAAACAGUUCUGCCUCUAGCUCAUGUUUACCCCUGUUUGACUUGUAACCAGAUCCAAAAAUGUUAUUACAUUCAGUUUUCAGUUAGGGUAAUGUAACAGUGAUGGAUGCAGAAAAGCAAUCCUGCUUAGUUCCUCUGACACACCUAGCAUUAUCUUCAGGUUUAGUUUUUAUACAUGAGGUAACAGACUUUCAAGUAGAAGUAACAGUUAAGUGAGAGAGUGCAGUGCUUUUCAUGAAUUGGCACUUUUGUAUCAGAACAUGAAACAUUAAGUUGUGCUCAUUAGGAGGACCUCUGUUGAAAAAGGUGUGCUGAUUAAACAAUCAUCAGGUAACAAAAACUCAAAUGAGGACAUGGAUGUUGUUCUGAAGAGUGAUGGGGUGUGAGAGGCAGCCAGCCCUUAUAUACAUGAAAAGGAUGCCCAAACUUUGACAAACCUGAAAGAUGCCCAAAGGG